CUGGCACGUUCUCCUACCAUUCUCACUCCCGCAAGUACGAGGUUUAUCAGUCUAUGAUUACACCUGCAUUCAUGGCGAUUGAUGCUGGCAUUGCUGUAACUAAUAACAAAGAGAAACCUGAUUUAGGAGAACAUCCGAAUCUACCUAAGAGAAAGAAGUCUAUUGUGUGGGAAUAUUUCACUGUUGAAACUGUUGGAGCUGGAUGUACCAGGGCAUAUUGCAAACAGUGCAACAAAUCCUUUUCUUAUAUAAAUGAUUCAAAACUAGCCGGCACAAGUCAUCUGAAAAGGCACAUUACUUUAGGAAUUUGUCAAGUUAUUCGGCAGAAAAAUCAACAAGGAGAAACUCAAGAUACUCCCAAUCCACCCAAGAAACGGCCAAGAGCAACACCUGGAUAUGCUGGUAAUGGUGUCACAUUUGAUCAGAGCCGGAGCAACCAUGAUAUUGCUAAAAUGAUAAUUUUACAUGAUUAUCCACUUCAUAUUGUGGAGCAGCAGGGUUUCAUUGAUCUUGUGCGGAUUCUUCAACCCCAGUUCAAUCCGAUCCGAUCUGAUUCUGUUGAAGAGGAUUGUGUUGCUUUAUAUGUAAGAGAGAAGCAAAAUCUUUUGAAUCUUAUCAAUGGUAUUCCUGGACUGGUUAACCUGACAUUGGACUUAUGGACUUCAAACGAGGCAAUGGGCUAUGUUUUUGUCCGCGGACACUUCAUUGAUGGCAAUUGGAACUUACAUCAUCCUGUUCUAAAUGUCAUUAAGGUACCAUUUCCUCUUUCCGAUGGUUCCUUAAGCCACACUAUAUUAACAUGUCUAUCUGACUGGAAUUUAGAGGGACGACUCCUUACCCUUGCACUCGAUAAAUCCUUCUCCAGUGAGACUUUGAUGGGAAAUCUGAAAGGCUUUCUUUCUUCCAAGAACCCAGUGAUCCUCAAUGAUCAGUUCUUAAACCAGAAUUGUUAUGCCCGUGUUCUUAGUCACCUUGCACUGGACGCAUUACAGGCAAUGAAGGAAACUGUUGACAAGGUCCGUCAAAGUGUGAAGUAUGUAAAGUCUUCAGAAUCUCACCUAGAAAAGUUUAUUGAACUGAAGCAACAACUACAAGUCCCAAGUAAGGUGGACCUCAUACUUGAUGACACAAGUAGAUGGGAUUCAACAUACCAUAUGCUUCUUGCAGCCUGUGAAUUAAUGGAAGUCUUUGCUUGCUUUGAUACAGCUGAUCCUGAUUACAGAAUGACCCUUACAAUGGAUGAAUGGAAGCAGGUUGAAAAACUCUGCAAAUAUUUGAAAUGUUUUCAUGAUGCAGCGAACAUUUUGACUUUGCAACCAUACCCGACCGCAAACUUAUUUUUCCCUGAAGUGUCAAAACUUCAGGUGGAGUUGACUUAUGCGGCAUGUAGCGAUGAUCCCUUCCUUAGUAGUCUGAUUAAGCCUUUGUAUGAAAAGUUUGAUCGGUAUUGGAGAGAAAGCUGCCCCAUCUUGGCAAUGGCCGUUGUCCUCGAUCCAAGGCAUAAAAUGAAACUUGUGGAGUUCACCUUUUCUAAGAUACUUGGUGAGAAUGCAGAGCCAUGGAUAAGAACAGUUGAUGAUGCUCUUCGUGAAAUGUUCAUAGAAUAUAACAUCCAAAUGCUUCCGUUUGAAACGACCAAUGGGGAUGAUGAAGGGGAUGAGAUCAUGAUAAAGACAGAGUUGUGCCCAGAAGGUUCUCUUGAUGAUUCUAUCUAUCUUGAUGACUAUGAAUUUUAUAUCUCCGAUUUUGUCGGUAACCAGCAAUUCAAGUCAGAAUUGGAUGAGUAUCUAGAAGAACCUCUACUAUCCAAUUAUCAAGAAUUUGAUAUUUUGUGUUGGUGGAGGCUGAAUGGAUACAGGUAUCCAACCUUGUCAAGAAUUGCAUCCGAUCUUUUGUCUAUGCCAACGUCUACAGUGUCUCCGGAUUCUGUUUUUGACACAGAAAUUAGGAAAAUGGAUAAUUACAGGAGUUCAUUAAGCCCUAGGACUAUUGAGGCUCUUAUUUGUGCCAAGGAUUGGUUACAGAAUAAAAUCUUACCAAUAGAUGAUUCAAAAGCAUUUGUGAAAAUGGAAUUUUAGAUAUAGGUUCUUUUGUAGGACAUAGGAUUCUCGAGUAAUUUUGAGGUAUACUGAAGUAUUGAAACAAGGUUGAAGUAAACUAAUUUGUGUGAUUAGUUUUCAGGAUUUUUCUUUUGAACUUUUUAAUAACAUGUUUAUAGUAUAAGAUUGAUUCUAUAUAGACUUUCAAAUUUAGCCAAAAUAACCCUUUUUGUAAGUGGACGA